AUUUUCCCGAAGCCAGAGCUGCGCGUCUAGUGUUCAGACACCAGUAAAGUCUCGCCGACUGCUUGCUCUUAUUACAGCGACACCAAGCAGGUUGACUAGACUUACCUCCGUGUCCACUCUACUUCCGCACAGAGUCCACAUUCUUUCGCCAUGGCUGCCUGCCGCCUGCACAUGGCCGUUAUUCCGGUCGCAGGACUCCGCUCCGCAGUUAUCCUCAAAUCCAACUUCGUCGCCUGUCCACAUGUCCUCAGCGGACCGAUCCGGUCGAACGCUUUCCAGCGCUUCUCACGGCGGGAAAAGGCGGUUCGUCGUGCACGCACACAAGGUGGAGAUCGAGCAUCAGGGUUCAACACACGUCCUCGAGAUUCCCGAGGACGAGACGAUCCUGUCCGCCGCCAUCGACGCCGGCCUGGAUCUGCCUCACGACUGCAAGCUCGGCGUGUGCAUGACGUGUCCUGCGAAGCUGAUCUCGGGUGAGGUGGACCAAUCGGAAGGCAUGCUGAGUGAUGACGUCAUGGAGCAGGGCUACGCGCUCAUGUGUGCGUCGUACCCCAAGUCGGACUGUAAAAUCCGCGUCAUUCCCGAGGAGGAGCUCCUCAGCCUCCAGCUGGUGACGUAAUAGAGUUCCAGCUGGUCCUAUCUUUUUUUCCCCUGGGUUAUGUCUUGCCAUUUUUUGUCUACACUGUUGAAGAUUUGACAAGCAUCCAGUUGCUCUCCGC